AUGUCCUCAAUUUUUUCUUCUCAUUUCGAUUAUAUUACACUCAUUUUUCUACUGAUCUUCUGCAAAGGUUGUUUGGGGGCUACGUUUACGUUGAUAAAUCGAUGUGAUUGUACAGUAUGGCCCGGAAUAUUGGCAAAUGCGGGUAGUAGUAAAUUGGAUAGUACCGGAUUCGAACUUCCAUCGGGCGGAACCCGGUCCUUCCAAUCUCCGCCGGGCUGGUCGGGGAGGUUUUGGGGCAGAACCCGCUGCACAUUUGACUCGAAUACCGGGCAAGGAAGUUGCGCCACCGGUGACUGUGGCUCCAACCAGGUGGAAUGCAAUGGUGCCGGCGCAGCGCCACCGGCGACUCUAGCGGAAUUCACAAUAGGGUCCGGUACGAAUUCGGAUUUCUACGAUGUUAGCCUCGUUGAUGGAUACAACUUGCCGAUAAUCGUUCAGGCGAAAGGCGGCUCAGGUGCAUGCGGUUCGACCGGGUGCGUAACUAAUUUGAACCGGAUGUGCCCGAAUGAGUUGCGGGCCGAGGACGGGCAAGCAUGCAAGAGUGCAUGUGAAGCGUUUGGGAAUCCAGAAUACUGUUGUAGCGGCACGUAUGGUUCACCCGCCACCUGUCGGCCGUCGACUUAUUCGGAGAUUUUCAAAACCGCGUGCCCGAGAUCAUACAGUUACGCAUACGAUGAUGCUACAAGUAUAUUUAUGUGUAGUGGAGCAGAUUAUGCAAUUACAUUUUGUCCUUCACGAAUGAGUCAAAAAUCUUCAAGAGACUCUUCCUGGCAGGAAACCGGCACCGGAACAUCCAUCGGCAGCAACCUCCAAUCAUGGCUGCCAAAUUUUGUCACCGGAGAUUCUUCAAGAACCAUGCCAAAUUAUGCCUUGCAUUUCACUCUUUUUGUAACCUUUUUCAUACUCCUUUUUCGUUGCAUAUAA